AUGUUCCGUUUAAGUUCGACAAAACUGAACAUUGAUCAUUAGAUUUGGUAUAAAUACGAGCAGUGUUAUGGCAUCAGUGAGAUCUUCAGCAGCACGAGUACUGCGGGCUGCGCCCGGCACGUCCCGGCUGGUCGCAGUGCCACUGCGACGUGUUGUCGCUCUGAGCAAUCCGUCCCAACAAACACAGGAUAAUUCCAAUAAAAGGGAGAGAGGGAGCUAUGCAUUCGGUGCUGCAUCAUUGGGUCUAGCAUUGCUUGCCGCCAAUCACAUCUAUAAUGAAAAGAAAUUUUUCAAAGCUGCACAAGUUGGAAAUGUCGCUGAACUGCACAAACAAAUAACAGCUGCAAAAGAUAAUGGCAUGGAUUCUGGUGGCGACAGUACAGAAGGGCCGGCAGACCGCCGGCACUCCUUGGGCUGGACGGCGCUAAUGGCGGCCGCCGCCAAUGACCAUCCAGCGGCAGUUAAAGAACUACUCCAACUUGGUGCAAGGCCUGACUUGAGGGAAAAAUAUGCAGGAGCUUCAGCCGCAGCAGCCGCGAGUGGCUUGCAUCCAUUGGAAAUUCUUCAAAAGCGAGAGGAUGAAUUUUGUGGAUCCAUGAACGCGCGAGCGUCUUUCCUCGGCUGGACGGCACUACAUUACGCCGCUUUGGCUGAUUCUACUGGGUCCGCUAAAGCGUUACUCGAAGCGGGCGCCGACCCUACGGUGCGCGACCAUGCAGGAAGACGGGCACUGCACUACGCGAGAGAUCCGUCACCUACCCGUGACGUCAUAGUGGAACAUGCUCGGCGCUGGGAGGAGGCCGCAGCCGCCGCCGCUGCAGAAGAACGCCGUAGAUUUCCUCUCGAACAACGACUCAAACAGUUCAUAGUCGGCCAGCAAGCCGCCAUCGAAACGGUCGCCGCGGCAGUCAGGCGAAAAGAGAACGGUUGGGCGGACGAGGAUCACCCGCUCGUGUUUCUGUUUCUGGGAAGUUCGGGCAUAGGUAAAACGGAGUUAGCGAAACAGCUAGCGAGGUACAUGCACCGCGACGACCCGGCGGCGUUCAUCCGGCUGGACAUGUCGGAGUACCAGGAGAAGCACGAGGUGGCCAAGCUGAUCGGCGCGCCGCCCGGCUACGUGGGGCACGAGGAGGGCGGCCAGCUGACAAGGGCCCUGGCGCGAAGAGCUGAUGCCGUUGUUCUAUUUGAUGAGGUGGAUAAAGCUCAUCCUGAUGUCCUCACUGUGCUGCUGCAACUUUUCGAUGAAGGUCGGUUAACGGACGGCAAGGGCAAGCUGAUCGAGUGCAAGAACGCGAUCUUCGUGAUGACGUCGAACCUGGCGGCGGACGAGAUCGCGCAGUACGGGCUGCAGCUGCGCCGCGAGCAGGACGCGCUGCACCGCCAGCGGGCCCGCGCGCGCGCCGCCGCCGGCGAGCCCACCACGCCAAUACGCGAAGACGAGCUGCCGGAGCAGUCGCUAGAGGUGUCGCGGCAGUUCAAGGACAGCGUGGUGCGGCCGAUCCUGAAGCGGCACUUCGGGCGCGACGAGUUCCUCGGGCGCAUCAACGAGAUCGUGUACUUCCUGCCGUUCUCGCGCCAGGAACUGCUCACGCUGGUGCAGCUCGAGCUGGCGCGCUGGGCCGACAAGGCGCGCGAGCGGCACAGCGUGGAGCUGCGCUGGGAGGGCGGCGUGCUCGGCGCGCUGGCCGACGGGUACGACGUGCACUACGGCGCGCGCUCCAUCAAGCACGAGGUGGAGCGGCGCGUGGUGAACCUGAUCGCGCUGGCGGCCGAGCGCGGCGUGCUGGGCCGCGGGGCCUCCGUGCUGCUGCACGAGGCGGCGGGUCGGGUGACGCUCGCCGUGCGCGCGCCGCAGGCUAGCGACUACACGCCGCUCGACCUGGGCGCGCUGUAGCAUGCGCGUAGCGAGUGGAGAGAGCGCUUUAUAGGGCCUGUAGAGCGCUCUGUAGGGAUUGUAGGGAUGGUAGCUUGCUCUAGUGAAUGGAAAGCGCUCUAUAGGGUAUGUAGAGCGCUCUGUAGGGUUACGUAGCGUGCUCUAGGGAAUGGAGAGUGCUCUAUAUGGAUGGUAGCGCGCUCUAUAGAAUGUAGAGCGCUCUGUAGGGAUAGUAACGCGUUCUAGCGAAUGUGCUCUACAUUUCGUGUGCGUUCUGAAAGGAUGAUAGAGUGCUUUAGAGAUUGUAGAGCGCUCUGUAGGGACUAGCUGCGCGCUCAAGUCAAUGUGGAGCGCUCUGUAAAGAUGCGUGCUCUAGCAACUGUUGUACGCUCUACGUUAUAGAAAUCACAUCCCCGCCUGAGAUUCGCACAUUGUACAAAUUAGAUACAUAGCUAAAUUGUGUUCAGAGCUGUGAUUAUUUUAAUUUAUAAGCAAUGCUUCGAUCGUGCAAGCUUGUGCGCUAUAUUCAUAGAAUAAUAGAAGAUUUAUAAAAGUAGUUAUAACAAGCUUUGAAAUUGUUUGUAAAUAUUAGACAUGGGCAAUUAUUGAAACCAAAUGUGAUCCAAAUAAUGAUUAAAUAUUCUAAAAAUAAAUAUGUAGUAAAAUUUCUAA